AUGACAACACGCCCCUCCAUCGUCGGCCCCGACUCCGGUCCCCAAUCCCCCUACCCCUACAAAAUGGAAGGCAAAGUAAUCUCAGGCUUCGGCCGCGGCUCCAAAGAAGUUUGUCCCCCAUCCUCUCCCAUCAAACCAUUCUCUUCCGUCAAGCCCACUAACAACCACCAGCUCGGCAUCCCAACCGCCAACCUCCCCGUAGACUCCUCCCUCACGCCCUGGAUAUCCUCCAUUCCCUCCGGCGUCUACUUCGGCUACGCGUCCCUCCGCCUGCCCGCCUCCCAUCCCCAGCAAGCCUCUUCAGACGGCUCAUUCACAACCUUCCCCAUGGUCAUGUCCAUUGGCUACAACCCCUUCUACAAGAACACAGUGCGCAGUGCAGAAGUCCAUGUGCUGCACAAGUUUACCGCCGACUUUUACGACGCGCACAUGCGGUUGUUGAUUCUGGGGUUUAUUCGCGAGGAGAAGGAUUACAAGAGCUUGGAGGCGUUGAUUGAGGAUAUCAAUUUUGACUGUGAGGUUGCGAGGGGGAGUUUGGGAAGGGAGACGUGGAAGGCGGAGAGGGUGGGUGUUGAGGAGGGGACGGGGGCGGAGUGGUUGGCGAAGGAGCUUUAG